AUGGAUUCCAGUAUUGUAUUAGUUACUGGAGGUUAUGAUCACUGUCUCAAGUUUUGGUAUCCUCAUGAUGGGGUCUGUUAUCGAACUAUACCUCAUCCAGACUCGCAAGUCAAUCAAUUAGCUAUAACACCAGAUAAACGUCAUUUGGUAUCAGCAGCUCAUCAACAGAUUCGUAUGUAUGAUAUUAACUCAUCAGAUCAUACUCCAAUAUAUGUGUUUGAGGCUAUGACUAAAAAUGUCACAAGUGUUGGAUUCUAUCAAAACGGUCAGUUUAUGUUCAGUGGAGGUGAAGAUUGCAUGGCAAGAAUAUGGGAUUUGAGAGGGCAAAGUCAACAAUGUCAACGAUUAUUUCAAGUAACAUCUCCCGUUAACUGUAUGUGUCUUCAUCCAACCAAAGCCACAUUAAUUGUAGGAGAUCAAAGUGGUACAGUACAUGUUUGGGACUUGACAACAGAUUAUAAUGAACAAUUAAUACCUGAGCCAGAAGUCCCCAUACAUAGCGUUCAUAUUGACUCUGAUGGUGCCUACUUAGCUGCUGUUAAUAGUAAAGUAAGACAUAACACAAUAUAUUAUAUCAUAUUGUGUUAUGUUAGGGUUGUGUGUUAUGUCUGGAGUUUAAGUAGUGGGAGUGGCUCUACUCAUCCUAUUACUCUAACACCAAAGACAAAAACAGCUGCUCACAAACGUUAUGCCCUAAAGUGUCUUUUCAGUCCUGAUUCCAGUUUACUAGCUACUACAUCUGCUGAUGGUACAUGUAAAAUCUGGUCAACAGCAGAUUUUAGCUUACAGAAGAAAAUGGGUCUCCCUGUUCGGGGGAAACUGGAUCUUCAAGAUGAAGAUGAUGAUGAUGAUGAAAAUACACCAACACACCCUUCUCCCCCUUUGCUUCCUCGGGAGAAUGAGUCAGCCUGA